CUUGUCGUUCCUCCUUGUAUUCUAGUUUGGUUCCACAUUCUUCAUCUCACUUUUUAUAAGACACACUUCUUUAUUCCGAACAAACCAUUAUUUUGAAAUCAUACAUAGUUAAACAUGUGGUGCUCAGUCUUCUAUAUGUUGUAGUGCCUGACUUCUAAGAGAGGAGGUCGGAGGACCUAGGACAACUUGCUAAGAAUGUCGAAGGAGACGUCAGGCGAUGACACCUCUUCGAUCUCGUCGCUGUCUAGCACGGACAGCGAUCGGGUGAAGAACAUCCUGAGUAGGUGGAGGCGACCAUCCGGACCCAGAAUUACUACCGAAAGUGCUGCCAGCAAAUUUCUGGCUCUACGGAAACCAAAAGCCAAAGCAUCUCCCAAUAAAGGCGACAAUAGCUCUUCCUCUGCGGAUAGUCUCAGUGCACAGUCAGACUCUGAUGGGACACAGUCACGACCGCUGUCUCAAAGUCAGUCACCUCCGGCUAAAAAGGACGACAAAAAUGCAGCUACCGAUGCGGCGACGGAAGAAAAAAAGCGUGCUGCAGAAGAGGCUGAAAAGAAGCGUGCUGCAGAAGAGGCUGAAAAGAUGAAGCGACUAGCCGAUGAAGAAGCAGCAAAGCAGGCAGCUGCAGCUGCAGAAGCCGAAAAAACGCGACUAGCCGAUGAAGAAGCAGCACAGCAGGCAGCUGCUGCUGCAGAAGUUGAAAAAAAGCGAGUCGCCGAUGAAGAAGCGGCAAAGCAGGCAGCUGCCGCUGCGGCAGCGGAAGCUGAAAGACAGCGAGUAGCUGAUGAAGAAGCGGCACAGAAAGCAGCUGCGGCUGCAGAAGCCGAAAUUAAGGGACUAGCCGAUGAAGAAGCAGCACAGCAGGCAGCUUCGGCUGCAGAAGCCGAAAAAAAGCGACUAGCCGAUGAAGAAGCAGCACAGCAGGCAGCUUCGGCUGCAGAAGCCGAAAAGAAGCGACUAGCCGACGAAGAAGCAGCACAGCAGGCAGCUUCGGCUGCAGAAGCCGAAAAGAAGCGAGUAGCCGAUGAAGAAGCAGCACAGCAGGCAGCUUCGGCUGCAGAAGCCGAAAAGAAGCGAGUAGCCGAUGAAGAAGCCGCACAGAAGGCAACUGCUGCGGAAGCUGAAAAAGAGCGAGUAGCCGAUGAAGAAGCAGCGAAGCAGGCAGCGGCGGCGGCGGCGGCGGAAGCAGAAACGCAAGCAACUGCAGCGGCCGAGACUGAAAAACAAGCAGCUGCGGCAGCCGAAGCAGAGAAACAGCGGCUGCCUGCUGACGAAGCAGACAAACAGCGACUAG